AUGCCCCUGCUGCCCAGCGCUGUGGGCCUGGCAGGCCUGCUCCUCUGGGCAGGCCAGACAGCGGAUGCCUCAAUGGUGCCCAAUGCCACCUUAUCCCUGGGCCGACCUGAGGGCAUGGCUGUGCAACCCCUGAGUGGCCUUGGGGUGCCCCGGUACCGCCGGAAGCGCCAUCUCUCUGCCCGGGACAUGAGUGCCUUAUUGGAUUAUCACAACCACAUCCGGGCCAGCGUGCACCCACCUGCAGCCAACAUGGAGUACAUGGUAUGGGAUGAGCGACUGGCCAGUUCUGCCAAGGCCUGGGCUACCCAAUGCACCUGGGCCCAUGGGCCCUCACCGCUGAUGCGAUAUGUGGGCCAGAACCUCUCCAUCCAUUCUGGCCGGUACCGCUCGGUGGUGGAUCUCGUGAAGUCUUGGUCAGAGGAGAAGCAGCAUUUCUUGUUUCCAUCCCCAAAGGACUGUACCCCGCAUUGCCCCUGGCACUGCAGUGGCCCUGUCUGCUCCCACUACACCCAGAUGGUGUGGGCAUCCUCCAGUCGGCUGGGCUGCGCCAUCCAUACCUGUGCCAGCAUCAGUGUCUGGGGCAGCACCUGGCAUCAAGCGGUGUACCUGGUCUGCAACUACGCCAUUAAGGGCAACUGGAUCGGUGAGGCUCCGUACAAGAUGGGGAAGCCAUGCUCCGCCUGUCCCCCAAGUUACCAAGGCAGCUGCAAUAGCAACAUGUGCUUCUCUGGGCUCAAAUCCAACAGGCUCCUGUGGACCUGAACUCUCCUGGGGCUCUGGGGCACCAGCUGGGCCCCAUCCUCCAAGGGUUGCCCCCAAAGACAGUGUGGAGGAACAAUUAUUUCAAAAUGUUUUUGCUAGUGCAUUAUAAUUAUACAGUGGCAUUCAUUGUGACAUAUUCAGACAUGCACACAUCACAACUUGAUCAAUUUCAUUCUCUAGUUCCUCCCUCC